AUGGAGUGCCUGAUGGAUUUCCCGUUGUCGGAGGAGGAGGAUGUACUCAUUUUAUCCGAUGAUGAAGAUGAGGAUGAAAUAAUCGAAUACAUCGAGAACGAGAGCAAAGAGGAUGAUAAAGAUGAAGAAGAUCAUCUACUGAAUGAGAAAACUAAUAGUCCAGCUCAACAUCUGAUGGCCAAGCGAACGCUCCUUAAGACACCGGUUGCUGUGGGCAAGGAAAUAUACGCGGUAGCUGGCGGUGAAAUGUGGUAUCAUGGCAUUGCGAAAAGUAUGCAAAGUUGUUUCCGGAAGCUGACUCCUACGGUGAACGAAAUAUUAAUAAACAUAUUCGUAGAUGGGCUACCGUUAUUUAACAGUGGGCCAAAACAGCUAUGGUCCAUAUUGGUGAAACUUGUAAACGUCCCAGAAGCUCCCAUAUUGGUGGUUGGCGUGUUUUGUGGCUUAUUCAAACCGGAAAAUGUCGAGGACUACUUGCGCCCACUCGUUGAUGAAUUGAAUCGCCUACACGAUGACGGAAUUGUUAUCAACAACAAAAAAAUAAAAAUCACCCUUAAAGCUUUCCUGGCAGAUUCUCCAGCACGAGCAUUCAUCAAAGCUGGCUAG